AUGUCGAGGCGACCGCCCAACCCUGCCGCCGAGCGGGCAGCAAAGAACCAGGCGACCAUCAAGUCGCUGUUGAAGCUGGAGCCCAACAAGAUGUGCUCGGACUGCAAGAGGAACAAGCAUCCUCGAUGGGCAAGUUGGAACCUGGGCGUCUUCAUCUGCAUCCGCUGCUCUGGCAUUCACCGUAGUAUGGGAGUCCACAUCAGCAAGGUCAAGUCCGUCGACCUCGACUCCUGGACCGACGAGCAACUCCAGAGCGUCCUGAACUGGGGCAAUGCACGAGCCAACAAGUACUGGGAGGCGAAGCUGGCACCCGGCCACGUGCCCUCCGAGGCCAAGAUCGAGAACUUUAUACGGACCAAAUACGAGCUCAAGAGAUGGGUCAUGGACGGGCCGAUGCCCGACCCCUCCACGCUGGGGGCCGACGCCGACGAUGACGUGCCGCUCAGCAUCGUCAAGGAGAAGCAGACCAUCGAGAGGACGCGGUCCCUGAAGACACACCCGGGCCAGCCCUCGGCAAUUGCCCAACCCGCCCCACAAGUCGACCUAAUCGGCGGUGACGACCCCAUCCCUCGCGCCAGCACUGCUGGCCCCGUUGCCACAAAGGUGCCGCCCAAGGCCGAGCCCGCGCCGCCAAAGUCGACGAGCGCCAACAACUCGCUGCUCGGGCUGGACUUCCUGGGCUCCGAGCCGUCGCCGCCCCCCCGACCUGCCAGCACCACGGGGUCCGGCGGGGUGGGCGGCCAGUCGCGGCCCGACCUGAAGCAGUCCAUCCUCUCCCUCUACGCCACGGCCCCCAGGCCGCAGCAGCCGUCCCACGGCCACUCGCACUCUGGCUCCUUCGGCAACAUGGCGUCGCCCACCGCACCGCCGCAGAUGGCCCAGCAGAUCAGCCAGCCGGCCGGGGGAGGGGGGCUGAACGACGCGUUCAGCAACCUGAGCUUCUCCAACCUCUCGAGCCCCAGGAGCCCCCAGAACUCGGCCUUCUCCAACCUGAACCCCGUGUCGAGCAACAGGUCGACGCCCGCACCCCAGCACCAGCAGCAGCAGCCGUCGUCGUCCGCCUUCUCCGGCCUCAGCGGCGGGGGCUUCUUCGACUCCAAGCCCGCGGCGGCACCCAGCAAGCCCGCGGCGGCCAGCAGCGGCUUCGGCGGCUUCGGCGGCUUCGGCGACUUCUCCUCCCCGGCGGCCGCGGGCCCGCCAAGGCCAGCAGCCCCAGCAUCCUCCGCGAUGAACGACCUCUUCGACUUCUCCUCCCCCGCCCCGGCCGCGGCCCCAUCGCCGGCGGCAGCCGCGCCCAGCCCGUCGGUGUUCAACCUCUCCCAGCAGCCCAAGUCACCGCCCGCCCCCGCGGCGGCGAACAACCCGCUCGCCGGCAGCGGUGCCGGAGGCGGGUUCUCGGGCGCAGACGUGUGGGGCGGCAACGCGUGGGCGGACCCGGCGCCGGCGCCGAGCAAGCCCGUGACGAGCCCGCCACCGCCGUCCAACGACUUUGGCGCGUGGGGGAGCAGCACGGGCGGCGGGUCGAUGGCGAUGGGCGGGUCGUUUGCUAACACGACGAUCGUGCCGGGGGCGUCGGGCGGGCUGGUCGCGCAGCAGCAGCAGCAGCAGCAGCCCAAGGUGUCGGCGGACGAGGAGUUUGGCGGGUGGGCGAGCAGCACGGUCGCGCCGGCUGGUGUUUCCUCCGGGGCGGGGAAGGGGAGCGAGGAUCUGUUUUCGAAUGUUUGGGAGUAG